AUGUUUGUGACCCUCACUCUCGGGGUCAUCCAGAAAUCUACCGAGUUCUGUCGGAAAGUCAAAGCAGUUGGAAACCACCCGGGAUACCGCACGAUCCUCUGGCAUAGACAGCCUCUCUCAUACCUUCUUCCACCAAUUCCUGGUUUGACGAGUGAUACCAACUAUAUCUUUACCAAGAAAUACGAAGGCGAGAAAAUCCGUUCUCCACUGACGGACUUGAAGGAUAUAACUGCAACCCGCGUAUCUUUCCCUAAGCCUGUGUCCAUGUUCCACAGACUAUCCAUAUUUGGUCCUAACAUUGUCGCAUCCGAAGGGGAUGCGUGGAAGAAAUACCGAAAGAUAAGCGCUCCGGCAUUUUCUGAUAGAAAUAACCGACUCGUAUGGGAAGAAUCCUUGAAAAUCACGGGAGACCUGAUCAACACGGUCUGGAAGAAUAAGGACGUGGUCGAAGUAGAACAUGUGGUUGAUGUUACGCUCCCAAUAGCGUUGAAUGUCAUCAGCGUAGCGGGCUUUGGGCACGAAAUGGAUUGGCAAGUGGACACCGUCGUCCCUGGGACGCACAUGAUGUCCUUUCAUGAUACUUUGCAUCUUGCCAGUACUGGAAUGGUUUUGAAACUCAGUAUUCCCUCAUGGGCCAUGGGGUUGAUGCGCCAAUGGGCUAGGGUGAGAGUUGCAUUUGAUGAGCUAGAGACAGCAGAGGAGAAGGAGGAAAGGCAUGAUUUGUUCAGUAGCCUUCUGGAUGCCAAUGAUGAUGCAGGUGGAGGAGCAGAGGCUAAAUUGACGGAUAGGGAACUACUGGGGAACAUAUACAUCUUCUUACUCGCUGGACACGAGACCACGGGCCAUACACUGGCAUUUACACUUGUCUUGUUAGCGCUUUAUCCUGAUCAGCAAGAGAUCCUUUACUGCCAUAUCAAGUCCAUCAUUCCAGACGGACGGAACCCGUUUGUUAUAAUCUUUUCUAGUGCAUUCUAUGAAACGCUUCGUCUGUUCCCACCCGUAACGAUUCCCAAGACGAGCGUCGAGGAUACCGUCUUUGUCACCACCAACAAGGCAGGAGAAUGCAAGAUGAUCCCCGUACCUCAGGGUGCCAUACUGAGAUUCGACAUGGUGGGGUUGCAUCGUAAUCCGCGAUACUGGAAAGACCCGGAGAUGUUCAACCCGUCGAGAUUCCUGGGUGACUGGUCCAGGGAGGCGUUCAUGCCAUUCAGCCAAGGUGCACAUACGUGCAUCGGUCGAAAAUGUUCUGAAACUGAGGGUGUUGCUGUACUGACAAUACUCAUUUCGAGGUACAAAAUCACCAUUAAGGAAAAGCCUGGAGAAACUUUCGAGGAAAGAAAGGAAAGAGUUUUGAAAACGAGAAUGGGUAUUACUUUAACGUGA